AAAUCCAUAUUUAAAAAUUUUUAAUUCCAUUCCCACCCUCUAAUCCCUCCUACCAAACACACCCAAAUAACAAUUGAAUAAUCCUUAAAAUUAGCUAAAUUUGAGGAAAAUUCCGAAUUUGAAGUCAAUUAUCCAGAUGUAAGUUGUUGGAAAUGGUGAUGAAUGAACGCAUCAGCAUCUCCCUGGUCUACGUUCUUCUCUCUUCUCCUGGUACGUGUCCGUAACCCAGAAUCCCUCCAUUUCUACCUGUCAUCACAUCAUCUUUCCUCCAUUUUUUCGAAUCUCUUCCUCUCCCUUUCUCCUCUUUUCAUCAAAUCAACCAUAACAAACAACAAAACUCACUGAAAGCACCAAAUGCUUCUUCUUCGCCUCAAAAAGCCUUUUUCCAUUUAUCAGGGACUCAAAUUCUUCUCCACUCAAACAUCCCGCUUCGACAAUGUGGGUCCCCUCGCUUCCCGUCUCAAUUCUCGGUCUAUUAUUCGGUUAACAGGUCCAGAUUCUGUUAAAUUUUUACAGGGUUUGCUUACCAAUGAUGUUAGACAAUUUGGUGAAUCUGUUCAUGAGAAGGUUUCUACUUUGGCUACCUCUAAUUUGCCCACGGUCGGUACUUUACCGGUUUAUGCUGCUAUGUUGAAUCCACAAGGUCGGUUUUUGUAUGAUUUUUUCUUGUAUAGGCCACCUCAGAGUGACGAGAAACUGGACCCGACCGGGUCUGGACCUGGUCCGAAGUCUGAUAAGGUGGAAUUGUUUGCGGAUGUUGAUGGGUCGACGGUGGAUGAGCUAAUUGAUACCCUUAAGAGAUACCGGUUGAGGUCUAAUGUUGACAUUGAGCACAUGGGAGAUGAAUUCUGUUGUUGGCAGCGGUAUGGUGGAAAUUUAUCUGAUAAAUCCUCUUCUGCUGAAGAACCAGAAGUUGCUGGUGUUGGUUGGGGUGGGAGUAUAGAUAGCUCCUCUAUGUCAUCUGCACAAGGGAGUGAAAGCGGCUGGAAGUGGUUCAAGGAUCCUAGGUUGGAUUGUCUUGGCUUUAGAGGGAUAUUUCCCUCUGGGAGUUUACCUCCGUUGGUUGAGGCUGACAAAGAAGCUGCCGAAGUGAACUAUCUUUUUUGGAGAUUAGAUAAAGGGGUUGCGGAAGGUCCGAACGAGAUCCCAAAAGGUGAAGCCAUUCCUCUAGAAUACAAUCUUGCUGGUCUAAAUGCUAUUAGUUUUGACAAGGGGUGCUAUGUGGGACAAGAACUGGUUGCUCGAACUCAUCAUCGGGGUGUCAUCCGAAAACGUGUGCUUCCUUUGAAGUUCCUUGAUAAUGAUGGCAAAGAAGUAGCGCAGAAAGUUGCUUCUGGGUCGGUAGUGGCGGACACAUCGUCUGGCAAGAAGGUUGGUACAGUGACUGUUGCACUUGGAUCUCGUGGACUUGGUCUGAUGCGUCUUGAGGAAGCGUUCAAGAAAUCUAAUGCACUUGCUAUACAAGGAAGCGAGGAUGUGAAAGUUGUUGCUAGUAGACCCAAAUGGUGGCCAGACGAGUGGUUCACGAAUGAAUUGGAGUCGGUUGAUAUUGCUUAAGCUCACUAGUGCCUUGCCUUUCGGAUAAUGAUCUUUCAGCUUCAGUUCUGUAGGGCAUUUACGAGUUGUAACAGAGGAAAUAAAGAGUCUGUUUUUCACAAAUUGUUCCAUUUUUGAACAUAUAUUACAGAUACCAUCAAGGAGAAUAGGCAGUCAAGAUAAUUUUUGGCUUAAUAAUGUAGUUUGAGAGUUGAUUGCUCGACUUUCUUUAGAUGUGCUAACUCGACAAAAUAAAUAAAUGAAAAAUCUAUGAAUUCGGUUUUUUUUUUUCCUAUA